UUCUGCCUCAGGAGGGCCUGGCCCCGGGAGGGCCUACCCACUUCCUCCUCCUCCGCCUGCCCUGCGGGGCAGCUGCUCUCUCUCGGGCGGUUCCAGAGCUGAGCCUUCAGACCACAUUUCACCGAAAAAUAUAGGCCAUGUCCUGGAUAUUUUCAUACGCCUUGGACACCUUCCUCUCCUUCCUCCCUUCAAGCCCCCCAAAAGGCUACAACGAGUGGGCCCCAAAAGGAGAGACCAAGAAUUCACAAGAGCACUCGGCCCCAGGAGACAGGAAACAUGGCCAUUCCUCUUGUCCACCGGCCCACAGAGCGACAGAGGAAGAAAAAUACAAACAGCUUCUUCAGGAGAAUCCCAUAGGAGCGCUGCCCCAGGACCUUAAAGAGGCCAUGUCACCAGGUCUGAGAAAGAGCGAACUGAGCCCACAGAGACUGAGGCUCAUCCUGGUGGGGAAAACCGGAACCGGGAAAAGUGCAACAGGAAACAGCAUCCUGGGCAGGAAAGUGUUUGAGUCUAAACUCAGCGCUAGACCAGUGACCAAGGCCUUCCAGACGGGGAGCCGAGGAUGGGCCGGGAAGGAACUGGAGGUCAUCGACACACCUGACAUUUUGUCCCCUCAGGCCCCACCAGCAAUGGCAGCUCAGGGCAUCUGUGAAGCCAUUGCCUUCUCCUCCCCGGGGCCUCAUGCCGUGCUCCUGGUGACACAGCUGGGCCGGUUCACAGAAGAGGAUCAGCAGGUGGUCAGGCGCCUCCAGGAGGUCUUCGGAGUGGGCAUCCUGGCCUACACCAUCCUGGUGUUCACCCGGAAGGAAGACCUGGAGGGUGGCUCCCUGGAAGAGUAUGUACGAGAGACCGACAACCAGGGCCUUGACAAGCUGGAUGUGGUGUGUGAGCGACGCCACUGCGGCUUCAACAACAGGGCGGAGGGGGCGGAGCAGGAGGCCCAGCUGAAGGAGCUGAUGGAGAAAAUCGAAGGAAUCCUGUGGGAAAAUGAAGGCCACUGCUACAGCAACAAGGCUUACCAAUACUCCCAGCAAAACGUUCUGCUCAAAGAAGUGCAGGAAAGGCGAACCGUCCAGGGACAAGGCUCUGAGGAAGUGCUCAGUGAGGAGUCCCGGCUGGAGAGGCUGUGCCACAUCCAGAAGGAAUCUGAGGAGACUCACAAACAUCUCCUGAAGAGGGCGCCCAUCUGAGCGUACGCUAGACCUCAGUACGGGACAGCUGUUUCCUGUGAGCCUCUCUCAGCCCCUGUGACCAGCUUCCAGCCCAUCGCUUGCUGUCUCCAUCUCCAUAGGUCACUGGUCAUCCCAGCCUCCAGGUCAGUGUCUGCUGUGGUGAGAGGCAUGUGGGGUCCAGAGUUCCCAGCUCACGUCCCAAGUCCAGCAUCACAUCUUCCAGAACACGCUCUGUACCCCUCCAGCACGCUCUUCUCAUGUGGAACCUUACACCUCACUGGCAUUACAUUUCUUGAGGUACUUGUCUUUACGCUGAUAGAACCCAAGCUUCCUGAGGGCAGGCCUGGGCCUCAUUCUUCCAUGUAAUUCCAGCAGCUUCCUGGACCCUGGAGUCACUCGUUAAACCCUGAUGUAGCAAAUCAGUGUAGAUAUCAAUCAGGCAACUUCCCAUGGACAGGGCCCAUUAGAAGCAACAGGGAGAGGAGAGGAGAGGAGAGCAGGAGGUUGGCCUGGCGGGGCCCCUGAUAGGUGCCAUCCUACUGCAUAAGGAGACUGACGUGACUCAGAUGCUCCUGGGGAGUCUGCUCAACUGAUGGAAACAGAGCAGGAGAAAAUAGGGGGACAUGUCUCCCACUACACUCCUCUUUCCCUUUCAAGCUGUGUGUCUGCAGCUGCCUUCCCCUGGGAGGGGUGGGAAGUGGAGGUGGGGUGACAGUGCAGGGGACAAUCAGGAAUCAGAGGUCGCAGCCUCAGGUCUGUCUGAUGCUCGUGUGCUGGUUGGGGAUUCUCUGCAGUCAGACGCCCAGAGACCUGCAGUCCCACACUGCAAGGCCGUGACACCUGUCUGCCCCAGACCCAGUGGACUCCUAAGACAGCUCGAGCAUUUCUUUUGCUAAAAGAUUCAGAAAAGUGUCUCAAGGCAGAAUAGAGACUGAUUUGGUCUAUGCUUAAGAUAGUCUCUGUGCCAGAACCAUUGAUUAAAUAAGUGACCCAUUUCCCGCUGAACUGGAACAUCACAUUUAUCACAUACAACAUUUUCGUGCUCCCUGAGAUCCGUGUCAGGGUUCUCAGUUCUGUGCUUGUCUUCUACUUUUCUACUCCUACAUGAAUAAAAUGUUGAUUCGA